UUAACAUUUUAAAUAGAAACUCUACCUUGCUAAGUGCUAAAGCUUAACCAGACAAGAAAAAAAAACUAAAAAUUAGAAAACAUUUCAUAGCAUCAAAGCUUCUAUGUAGGAUAACUGUUCUGUGUAACGAAAACAACACAUGGGAAACCUCAAGUCUCUCGCUCUCUUGGCUUUGCUUUUCUCUCUCUCCCUCGCUGUUCUUGCGGACACAUCCACUGAUGCCACACAUGCUAAGGAUGAAGUGAAGCCAAGUACUGAAGCAACCGAUGGUGUAGAGCCCCAGCAAGGCUGGGGUGGUGGUGGUUGUAGGUACGGAUGUUGCGGUGGCUGGUGGGCUGGACGGUGCAGAUACUGUUGCAGCAGUCAAGCUGAGGCCAACGUUAACGAGGUUGUGGAAACUGUUGAACCACAGCAAGGCUGGGGUGGUGGUGGUUGUAGGUACGGAUGUUGCGGUGGGUGGUGGCGUGGACGGUGCAGAUACUGUUGCAGCAGCCAAGCCGAGGCCAACGUUAACGAGGUUGCGGAAACUGUUGAGCCUCAGCAAGGCUGGGGUGGUGGUGGUUGUAGGUAUGGAUGUUGCGGUGGGUGGUGGCGUGGACGAUGCAGAUACUGUUGCAGCAGUCAAGCCGAGGCCAAGGUUAACGAGGUUGUGGAAACUGUUGAGCCUCAGCAAGGCUGGGGUGGUGGUGGUUGUAGGUAUGGAUGUUGCGGUGGGUGGUGGCGUGGACGGUGCAGAUACUGUUGCAGCAGUCAAGCCGAGGCCAACGUUAACGAGGUUGUGGAAACUGUUGAGCCUCAGCAAGGCUGGGGUGGUGGUGGUUGUAGGUAUGGAUGUUGCGGUGGGUGGUGGCGUGGACGGUGCAGAUACUGUUGCAGCAGUCAAGCCGAGGCCAAGAAGGUUAUGGAAACAGUGGAGCCCCAGCAACGCCGUGGAUGUAGGUUAUACGGUUGCUGUGGAAGCUUUACAACUGGACGGUGCACUGCUUGUUGUUCCAAGCCGAUGGCCACGGAGAAAGUGAAGAAGAAAGAAGAAGCUAAGCCAUGAUUUGGCAUAUAACACAAACCCUCUAUGUUUGUAUGCAUGCAAUGCAUGGUUAAUUACCGGUACGUACGUAUGUCAAAAUAAAAGAAAUAUAGUGCUUAAUCCUAGGAAGGUACCUAGAGCUCGAUCAAGAAAUAAAUAAAAACCGUUGGUUCAUAUAAUACGUAUUUUGUUAUGUACUCGACUUUUCUC